GUUGAGAGUUACCAGCUGGAGAAGGAAGCGCCCCAGCUGGUGAUACACGAAGAUUCAGAUGGUGGAGGAGGAGUUGAAGAAGGAAGAGGAGGAGAUGGAAGAGGAGGAGAUGGAAGAGGAGGAGAUGGAAGAGGAGGAGGUGGAAGAAGGAAAGUCACGGUGGAUCACGAGAACAGCCUCCACGUGUCCACCCAUCAUGAGGGGCUGUGGGCGUGUAUGGCUGCCAAUGAGGUGGGCGGGUUAGCGAUGCCGGUGAGGGUGAUGGGCGGGGGUGUGGCACGGGGGACAGUCGCCGUGGGUAUGGUGGGCGUGGAUGAGGUGGAGGCACGGGCGUCACUCCUCACGCCCACACUGGAACAAGGGUAUCCUGCCUCCACUACCCCCACCACGGCUACUGUUACCUGGAGGAUGACGGGUCGACCAACACACUUGGAAGGUAUAUUCAUCCUGGGAUGUGAACGUGGCAGUGGCUUCGUCGCCCCAAGGAUACACCAGCAGCUGCAGACGCACGACAUCUCCCUCCACCAUCACUACAAGUACCACCACAAACGCCGAACGUCUCUGCCACACCAAGACACCACCACUGUCGCCCUCACCGACUACCGAGAAGGAAGCCGAAGCCAUCGCCAACAUACGGAUGCGGAGAUACACGGAGAAAUGACGUCACUAAUGCAACCCGGAGGGUCUGACAGCAUGAGGCAACUCAACAACGCUACAGACGACGGCCUGGUGUGGGUCACUAGCCCGACCUCACAACCACCCCCUCCUCACCCUACUUCGCCCCCCGCCUCGCCUCGGUGCAACCAGCUAAGAGUGUUGGGUCACUCUCCCGCCCCGGGCAGACUCACCUACCACCUGCGCGACCUCCAGCCCUACACCUCCUACUGGUUCCUUCUCUUACCCCACUAUAAGGGGGUCCUAGGCGUCCCCUCCAACCUCCACGCCUUCACCACGCCUCAGGACGUACCUUCAGGGUGGGCGGUAUUGUCACGGUGGUGGGCGGCGCGGGUGGGGGCAGGAUUGUACGCCCUUACACUACACUGGCGUCCACUACCACUACACUUGGCGAACGGGCUCAUCCUCAACUAUUUGGUGACAGUGAGGGAGACUGACACAGGCCUGAUCCAUAACGUGACAGUGUUGGGUGACCUGUCUACCCUCACACUGCCCAAUAUAACCUCGUCUAGGGUGGAGGUCAUGUUCACGGCCUCCACAGUGAAGGGUUCAGGACCUCCCUCCCCGCCCGCCAGGCUUAACCUCCUCAUGACCCACUUCAAGGACCCAGGCAUGGGGGUGGGCGUGGUGAGGUCGGCGUGGUUCCUGGUGCUGGCUGGAGGCGCUGUAGCCAUGGUGGUGAUGCUGGUGGGGUGCACAGUUACUGCCAGAUGGUGUGCUAGAAGUAUACACAGCACUUUACCCUCAGAGUUAAGCAAGGGGAAAAUGUGCAGCGUAGGGGGGCCCUGGGUGGAGGUUGGGGGGCUGUGGACCCCCGUGCCCUCACACGAUCUCAACUCAGACAAGUCAGAGAGGAAACUGUUGACCUCCAAUGCAUCUUCUGCUGCAGAGUAUGCUGAGGUGGAGGUCAGCUCACAGGUCAAGGAUGAUCUCACUAAGAAGAGGCUUGAACCGUGGCCUCAGGGGUACCUCUGUCCCUCUCCCUCACCCUCUACGGCCUCUACCUCCCAGCGCACUAACCACAUCACACAGACAGAGUCUCUACUGGGCGGCCAGUCAGGAGCAUAGGAGGCCCCGCCAGUGUGGUCCGCCAACACACUACAGGGAGUUUACACCAGCCCCGCCCCCCACACUAACUCCUCCACCUGCCGGGACUCAGACACCAGCA